AUGUCUGGUGGCCACGCUAUAAGAUUCCCAGGGACUCUGUUGGAUGAGCUAAAGACUCAUGAUUAUACCAACGAUGAGCGGUUCAAUACUACUACGAAGAGUAGAGGCAAGAAGAGAAAUGCCAAGGGACAAAUGAGUAGGAAAGAAGCUAGAAAGCAACAAAGACGUGAGAAGAAGGAUAAAGUUAACCAUAAAUCGAACACGAAAGCAUCGAAACCCAAGGAUAAACAGACCGAAAAGCCAGACUUGCCUUUCUCAUCAGACGAUGAGCUAUCUGCAAGUGAUUUCGAAGGUCAUGAGGUACCGAGUGAUGGAGAUGAUGAGGAGCCUAUGGAUGCCGAAGAGACUAUGAAAGCAUUAAAAGAGGCCAAGGCAUCUAAGAAGGAGUCCAAGAGAUCAAAACAACACGACCGUCCCCCGGUAACGUCAGCUGAACGUGAAGCUAUAGAAAGAGAUGAAAUGGAAAUGGCCUACUAUGCCAAAAAAUUGGGAUUGAGAGGGAAAAAUAAAAAGAUCCAUGCAAGAGAUGAAUUUGAUGCAGUUGGUGGACUAUUAGAAGGUUUAGAUUUCUUCGAAAAUUUUGAAAACGGGGAAAGAAGUGAUCAAGAUGAGAGCGGCUCUGAAGAAGACGAAGACGAGUCUGAAGACGAUUCUGAAGAAGAGGAAGAAGAACAAGAUGGACAAUCGAAUGAUGAAGAGGAGGAAGAGGAAUCUUUAUCAGAAGAGGAUGAUGGUCAAAAGCUAUUUUCUUCCGAUGAUGAUUUAUCUUCGGGUGACUUUGACGACGAGGAUGAACCCUUGGAUGAAGAGGAUGAAAGCGAUGAAAUGGAACAUAAAUCGAGCAAGAAGAAGGUGAAAGAAAAUCCAUACGUCGCGCCAGCUCAAAAUGAUGGUGCUUACGUUCCCCCAUUUUUGAGGAAACAGCAGUUGGGAGACCAAGAAGAGUCUGAAGAAUUUACCAAAUUAAGGAAAACGGUUAAAUCUUCCCUAAACAAAUUGUCUGAUUCAAACAUUACCACUAUAAUCUCAUCUUUAAAUGAUUUAUUUGAUGCUAAUGCUCGUCAAUAUGCCACUGAUGCAAUAACGAAGGAAAUCUUGGCUAUUAUUUGUCAAAACAAUAAAUUGCUCGAUGGAUUUAUCAUGAAUUAUGCUGCGGUAGCAUUCUCUCUCUGGAAAUUAAGAGGAACUGAGGUUGGUGCGCUCUUUAUACAGGCAUUUGUGGAAACUUUUCUAAAGUAUUACGACCAACAGUUAGAAACUAUUCGUAACACAAAGAAGAAAAGUGAAGACCCUUCUGUUUUUCCCAAGGAGUGCAGUAACAUGAUUACCUUAUUAUCCUAUUGUUACAAUUUUGGAUUCGUUUCAAGCAAACUGGUGUACGAUUUGAUUAGAUUUUUCGUACAAGAUCCUAAUGAAUUCACCACUGAACUUUUAUUGAGGAUUAUAUCAAUUUCUGGACCGCUGAUCCGUGGUGAUGAUCCGUUUGCAUUGAAAGAGAUCAUCUCAGAUUUACUAGCCAAUGUUAAAUCGAUUAAGGAUCAACCAGUGCGUCUACGAUUUCUUUUGGAAACUAUUUCUGAUUUGAAAAACAACAGAUUGAAACCAUCAAUGCUAGCCACAAGUAAUCAACAAUUGAAGAAAAUAUUACAAAAUGUAUUAAAAAUUUCGAAUUCAUCUACUGAGCCAUUACAGGUAACAGUUGAUGAUAUUAAAAACGUCGAGACUAAAGGUAAAUGGUGGCUAGUAGGUGCCUCGUGGAAGGGAAAUAUGGCAAAUGCAUUCGAAGAAGCGCAUAGUGGUCAACCUGGAAAGAUGACUUCUGCAGACGAUGAAAUUAAUCUCGAAGACGAUUUACUCGAUGAUAUCCCCAAUUGGGAGGCAAUUGCCAAACAACAACGUAUGAAUACAGACGUUCGUCGUGCAAUUUUUGUUAGUAUAAUGUCUGCACAGGACUACAUGGAUGCAUUUACGAGAUUAGAAAAAUUGAAUUUAAAAAACAAGCAAUUGGUUGAGAUUCCAAGAGUUAUAAUCCAUUGCUUAGUACAAGAUAGUACUGAAAAUGGUUAUAAUGCUUAUUACGCAUUACUUACAAGAAAAUUAUGUGAAUAUCAACAUCAUUUAGCCAAAUCAUUCCAGUUUUUAUUUUGGGAUAUAAUCAAAAAGUUUGAAGAAGAUUCGAUAGAUGAGGAAGAUGAUUAUGGUGACUUAAAGGAAGAUGCCAGACUGCGAAGCAUUGCUAGUCGCGGGAAAUUUUUCGGAUCUCUAAUUUCCGAACGAAUUUUACCUCUGGACAUCUUCAAACAUGUUCCAAUUAUGUCUGGUUUGAAUGCAGAUGGAUAUUCAUUCAUGGAGGUUCUUUUGUACCAAUUAUUCGUGAAUAUUGCCAAAAAAUCUGAAGUCAAAAGCAGGGACAACAAGGGGAAUAAAAUAGUCAGUUACAAAAACGACGGCUUCCGUAAACUUCUGGAAGAUAGUGUCAAGCUGGAAAACAGAUCAGUAAUUUUGAAAGGAUUAAAAUGGUUUGUUACCAAGAAAUUCAGAUACAAGGACUACUUUAAUGGUAGUAAGGGCAACAAAGGUGAUGAAAAGGAAUUGAGAAGAAUAGAAUGGGCAGUACCUACCUUUGUAAAUAUUUUAGACCAAGAACUGGAAGGUAUCGAUUACUAG